GUCGCUUACGCGUUUGCCUACGGAUAAAAGUGGCGGGAAAUUGUUUAAUUUUUUAUAACGCUUUUGUUACGUAAAUAAACACGUAAUAAGCUCUCAUUUCGUUAUGAAUGAGAGAAAAAAAUGCAUUUAGCGAGAAUGAUGAUAAUAUGGAUUAGUUAAUUGUUUAAAAAUGUAAAUGUGAAAUUCAUUUUGUUAUUACGGGAACUACACAUAAAAUUUAAUUAUUGACGACAAACCUUAAAGACUUUUACACGUAAAAAUCAUCAAUAAUAUUUAGUGUCGGUUUAGAAGCUCUUAACAAAUGAACAAUUAUUACUCAAUAAGAUCAGUGCAAUUACAUCAACUUAAUGCCGAAACACUUAUGGAUACAAAUGCAAAAAAAAAUAAUACAUUUUGAAUGCGGUUCGUGCGUGCAUUGUGAUAGUUUUGUGUAACAAUAUUUGUUUUUGGACCUCAAUUACCUAUUUGUGAAUGAAAAUUUAUACGAAAUGUAUAGAAUUUUAUACAUUUAUUGCGUUUUAGUCUCGGCUUUAUCUUCCAACAUGGAUCCGAGGAGUGAGACUGGAUAUCCUACGGGAAUGAUGUCUGUUUGUCCCGGCUCCACGAAGCCUGCAAUCAUACCGAAGAGCCAGCUGAAGUACCUGUCCUUCGUGGUGCAGGGGAACGGGAGAAGCCGGCGCAAGUACUCAUAUUGGAACGCUAGGAAUAUAGCCAAGGAUCCGAGAAUCAAUUUUAAAAGGAAAACCCUCCUCCUGGCCAUUGGGUAUCUCGACAGCCCCAGUUUCCCCAUUUCAAUGAUGUUCGCGAACGAAUAUGAAGCUCUAGGGUACAAUGUCAUAAUUAUUGACAACCAGAGGUUUUCGACUGUGCAUUACCAUUUAGCGAGCCGCCUCAUGAGACCAGUGGGUAAGCUUGUAGCCGAAGUCCUAGUUCAACUCACUGACUACGGCCUAGAUCCUUCCAAACUAGAAUUAUUAGGAUUCAGUCUGGGCGCCCAAACGGUCAGCUACAUAGCCAAAAACUUCCAGACCAUAACAGGAAGGAACGUAUCGUCUAUCGUCGCUCUAGAACCUUCCGGCCCGUGUUUUAGGACAUUGGUUUCGGACGAAAGACUCAACCCGUCAGACGCUGGCUUCGUGCAAGUCGUGCACACGAACAUAGACGGGUACGGUAUGGCCAACAGAAUGGGUCACGUCGACUUCUACGUCAACGGCGGGGAGUACCAACCCUCAGACAUCAACCUGUACCCUUGUACGACAACUUGCAGCCAUUUCAGGGUGCUCGCGCUUUGGGUUGCCGCCCUAAAGAAUCCCGGUAAAUUUAUAGGUAUGAAGUGCGAUAGUGUGCAGCAAGCGAGGGACGCUCAGUGUUAUAACAACAAGCCUCUCGUCACUAAUACAAUGGGUUUGAGUCCGGACAAGAGUAAGCUGGGCAUAUUUUAUUUAUCGACUACUAAGGGAUAUCCUUACUACUUGGGGGCAAAAGGACUGAUAGAGGCCAAUGUUUACUGGCGGACGAUUACUAAAAUCAAUGAUGGUGACGAUAUUUUAGUGUACACUUAAACUGUGAUAUUUUAGUGUACAGAGAUUUAGAAUUCGUCCUGGAUUUAUUCAUACGCCCGGGGCACUCGUCACAAGUGAUGCGACCGAGUCAAGGUUCAA